AUGGACAUCGGAGCGGUUUCUUCCUACGAACGAACCACGAUGUCAGCAAUCUCCAUGAUAGACACCACGUCUACUCGUGAUGAAGUGGUUAGUAGGAAGUUAUCUUCCCCUGUUUAUAAACAGAAAGAAGCAAGUCCUGUUCUCAAUCACACAACAAUUGAAAAUUUAAUCUCCUUCUAUUGGAGAUUUUUCAUCUUUCUGAUUCUAAUGGCUGACAAUUUACGUCGUGCGCUACAAGAUAUUGAUCUGGGUAUAAACGAUGCACCUUUUGUGCUUCCUACGGAGGUUGUUCGUCAAGCAGAGGAGGAAAAUCGUUUCAUCCUUAUCGGAAGACCAGUCAUGCCACGACGACAAAAUCUUAGGGCAAUCGUUGCCACAAUGCCUCGCAAUUGGGGUUUUGAAGGCACGGUGAGGGGUCGUAUGAUUGAAGGAAGGAGAUUUCAAUUUGUCUUCCCCUCUGAGGAGGCGUUAGAUACAGUGAUCCGACGAGGUCCGUGGGCCUUUGCUGACAGGAUGCUGGUGCUUCAACGGUGGACUCCACUAAUGGAUCUGGAUUUACUAAACUUCAUCCCCUUCUGGAUCCAAGUAAGGGGCAUCCCCUUUCAAUACAUGAAUCGGGAAGUCAUACUACACAUUGCGAGAUCCAUGAAUCAACAAUACAUUCAAAUGGAGUACAACGAGGAGAAUGGUCAACGAUUGGAGUUUGUACGUAUUAGACUCAACUGGAACAUUGCUCAUCCUCUACGCUUCCAACGAAACUACCAGUUCACCGUGGGAGUCAACACAGUCUUGAGGUUUCAGUAUGAGCGCCUUCGUGGUUUCUGUGAGGUCUGUGGGAUGCUCACACAUGAUUCAGGUGCUUGUAUCAUUAACAAUGGCGGCCCUGGGAAUGAAGGUGACGAUGAUGACAGCAGUGAUGAUGGAGAAGGCGACAUUCCAAUACCAAACCAAGGCGUCCUCAUUGAAGAAAUUGAAGAAGAAGAUGAACAGGGUGGAGGGGAUGAUGCUGUAGAGGAGAACCAAGAAGCAUAUGAGAACGUUGCUGCAAUGGAGGAGGAAGAGGACGAUGACGAUCUUGGGACAAACAAUGUGCAGAGAACUUUGUAUUCGGUUGAUGGGUCCUCAGAGGAUAUGUGCAAUCCAAGUGAUACCAUUGGUCUAAAAGAACAAGCAACAUCUACGCUCAAGCGCAAGAUGUGGCUUUCUGACACGACUGGUCAAACUUCAAUGUUCAACAAGAGGGAGAAAGGUGAAACAAGCCAAGGAAGUAAGGCACAGAGGGUUGAAGAGACCCCAACGUCAGAUGACACAGAGCCAGCUACGGAUGGCAACAAAGAUAUGGGAGGCGCGGUGGGCCCUGAACCACCUCUCCCACCAUGA